GCCCAGCGCCGGCGCUCCUGCGGCGGGAGGGGGCCAGAGGGGAGAUGUCGCAACCGCCUCCCUCCCUCUUUCCCCGCCUUGGCGCUCAGUCGCCUCCCAGAUGAGCGCGCUCGCAGACGGCUGCGGGCCGCCCGGGCGCCCGGCAUGUCCCCUGAGUGCGCGCAGGCGGCGAGCACCGGAUCACCGCGCAGCCUGGAGCGGGCCAACCGCACCCGCUUCCCAUUCUUCUCCGACGUCAAGGGCGACCACCGGCUGGUGCUGACCGCUGUGGAGACGGUCGUGCUGGCGCUCAUCUUUGCGGUGUCGCUGUUGGGCAACGUGUGCGCUUUGGUGCUGGUGGCGCGCCGACGGCGCCGCGGCAACACCGCCUGCCUGGUGCUCAACCUUUUCUGCGCCGACCUGCUGUUCACCAGCGCCAUCCCGCCCGUGCUGGCCGUGCGAUGGACCGAGGCCUGGCUGCUGGGCCCGGUCGCCUGCCACCUGCUCUUCUACGUGAUGAGCUUGAGCGGCAGCGUCACCAUCCUCACCCUGGCGGCCGUCAGCCUGGAGCGCAUGGUGUGCAUCGUUCGCCUGCAGCGCGGCAUGCGGGGUCUGGGGCGGCGGGCGAGGGCCGCGCUGCUGGCGCUCAUCUGGGGCUACUCGGCGCUAUCUGCUCUACCCCUCUGCGUCUUCUUCCGCGUGGUCCCCCAGCGGCCCUCCGGCCAGGACCAGGAGAUUUCGAUUUGCACACUGGUUUGGCCCAGCAUCGCCGGAGAAAUCUCCUGGGAUGUGUCCUUUGCAACUUUGAACUUCUUGGUGCCAGGAUUGCUCAUUGUGAUAAGCUACUCCAAAAUUUUACAGAUCACAAAGGCGUCAAGGAAGAGGCUCACAGUGAACCUAGCUUACUCGGAGAACCACCACAUCCGUGUGUCCCAGCAGGACUUCCGGCUCUUCCGUACCCUCUUCCUGCUCAUGAUCUCCUUCUUCAUCAUGUGGAGCCCCAUCAUCAUCACCAUCCUCCUCAUCUUGAUCCAGAACUUCAAGCAAGACUUGGUCAUCUGGCCUUCCCUCUUCUUCUGGGUGGUGGCCUUCACAUUUGCCAACUCAGCCCUGAACCCCAUUCUCUAUAACAUGUCACUGUUUAGGAAUGAAUGGAGGAGAAUUUUUCACUGCUUCUUCUACCCGGAAAAGGGAGCCAUGUUUACAGAUACGUCUGUCAGAAGAAACGAUCUGUCUAUUAUUUCCAACUAAUUAAAUUUUCUCCAUAGGCAGAGUGGAUCACCCUCUGGAAGACCAUAACAUGUUUUCAAAGGGAAUUAAUUUCCAGGACUGUCACAUCCAUGUAGCCUGCUUCAAGAAAGUGUAACCUAUGCAAACACACAUUUAUAGCACCCGUCAAUUAAGGGGUGAUCGUUCAGUAUAACAGUUUUGCCCUAUAUAAAAAUGUUUUGCUGUGGGCUCCUUUUAAAUAGGAACUUUUUUCAGUAUGUUUGUAAUAUGAUUGAGUUUAAUGAAUUUUUAUUUAUAACUUCAGCAAUCCCAUCUCUUACGUGUAAAGCUGGUUUCUGAAAUGAGUCUUGGAAAUGAUCCAGGGCCCAGAUUUCUCCUUGAAGGUGUCACGGCCAUCUAGGUACUCCCCUCCCCAGACGUGCAAGGCCUCAAGACCAUUCAUUAAUGUCAAAAGCACUUGAGGAAUUUCUAAGGAAUAAUUAAAGGUGACUUUAGUUUUUCACUUAUAAGAAAUGCCACGGACCCCUUUAGGAAAAGCCAUGUCAUGAAAUCAGAGAGGAGAAAGGAUGAUUCAAAACACUGAAUGUGAAAGCAUAAGAGAUUCCCUUCACUAAUCCCUCUGCCAGGUCCUCUUAAGUACAUGCUGUGGUUGGACAGCCACGGACCCUACCCUUAUGGAGCUUACUUACCUUCUGUUCGGUGGGGGGUGAAGCCCUAAACAGAAGUCCGUAGAUAAUAUAAAUAGAAGUCCAUAGAGUGUGGAGUAACGUCAUGAAGAAAACAGGACAAUGAUGGCUAUUUGGAUGGGGUGGGGAGGGGUCUAGGAAGACCUUUCUGGGGGAUGAUAUGUGGGCCAAAAUGUAAACCACAAGAAAGAGCCAACCAUCUGAAUCCAGGGGAGCGGGGCUUUGCAGACCUUGAAGACACUGGUCCUGGUGCAAAGG